UGAAAGCAUUGAGCGUAGGGAUGGUGAGAGAGAGAGAAAGACUCAGAGGGAAGGAACAGGGGAGAAGGAGAGGAGCAGAUCUCUAAGCGAGAUGCAUGGCACUACAUCCUACAACAUCUGACUUUCCUGCCCCCCCUUGACAGGCAAGGGAGCGCUCACAGAAAGGCAGAUAGAGGAAGACAGCCAGACUCAUCCCUUCAGCUAAGCAUGUCCUUUAUUACUCGUCCUGGCAUGGCUCUACUCAAACUGGGAAGUAUAUGGGCUACCAGGUCACUCACUCUUACAGCAGCAACGAGAGCAGCCAGAGCGUGAAACUACUGAGGAUGGAGCUCCCGUUCCGGUGUCCCACAUGAACACUGUGAAAAAGAGUGGGUAAAUAUAUGCCACACAGUGCACCGGCCUGACUACCUCCUUCCCUCUGGAAACCUGUGACCUUGUUGUGAUUACUGUGCACUGCUGUCUACCUGCCCGGUCUCCUGGAGCUAUAUUGUGGCACAGCAGGUGGGAGUGUGAUUUACUCAGGUGGAAUACAAGGGGCCGUGGACUCGGUGCAACUUUCGUUAUAUAGUGAGGAGGGAAUGCUAGUCACACUGAGGGAGAUGCAUCUCUUCAUGUGGUUUGCAAAGUCUUGGAAUAAACAAUGAAAAGAGAGGACUUUUGCAAGGAUGGGGCAUGGUGUUGUCCCUGAUCGUCUCUGUAAGUUCUGUUUGGCCAACACAAAGGACAAAAGGCUGAAGACAAGCCUGAAUACAACACAGCUUUCAUGUCAGGACCACGUGGAUAUUACAAUGCACAAACCCUUCCCACGCUCUGAAAAGGAAGAGCAGAGUGUUUCCAUCUCCCACAUCCUCCCACAGAAAUCUGAGGAUGCAAGGGAACGAGGUAUGAGCUGUUUAGACGGUGUUUAAUCAACCCUACGGAGAGGUGUUUGAGGAAACCGGGGUGUCCUCACUUGUUCAGUCUGUGCAAUGCUGGGGCUGAGGACAGCCUUCGCUGAUGCGUUUGUUAAAUAUUAGCUCAAUCAAAAAACUAAAAAAAGCACACAACGGAGCAGGUACAUAACAGAAUGGCAUUGAAGGAGCAAAGGACACUGCUGAGAUAAAGAGGCGUUGGAGUAUGGUUGGCGUCUAUGACAACCUGCCAACACAUCAACGCUCUGGUUGCUUGCUACACAAGCUCCUAACGAGGACAGUGAACACAAGGGAGGGGAGAAUGCAUACCCCUCCUGUGCUGGGAUUCCAGGCCAUCAUGAGCAACGUCACUGUCCUCGAUAACGUUGAACCUCUUGACUUCGAAAUGGACCUGGACACUCCUUACCCUGUCAGCUUCCAGGUGUCUCUAACAGGUUUCCUCAUGUUGGAGAUCGUGCUGGGUCUCAGUAGCAACCUGACUGUGCUGGCUCUCUAUUGUAUGAAGUCAAACCUGGUGAGCUCUGUCAGCAAUAUUGUAACCAUGAACCUUCACGUGCUGGACGUGCUGGUGUGCGUGGGCUGCAUCCCACUUACGAUUGUGGUGGUGCUAUUGCCACUGGAGGGCAACAGCGCACUCAUUUGCUGUUUCCAUGAGGCUUGCGUGUCCUUUGCUAGUGUGGCUACGGCUGCCAAUGUCCUGGCCAUCACACUAGACCGUUACGACAUCUCAGUUCGGCCUGCAAAUCGAGUUCUGACAAUGGGACGAGCGGUGGCCUUAUUAGGGUCCAUUUGGGCUUUAUCGUUCCUUAGCUUUCUGGUACCCUUCAUAGAAGAGGGUUUCUUUAGCCAGGCAGGUAACGAAAGGAACCAGACAGAGGGGGAGGAGCCUUCAAACCAAUACUACACUGAAUUGGGCCUCUACUACCACCUGUUGGCGCAGAUCCCAAUCUUCUUCUUCACUGCCGUGGUCAUGCUGGUUACUUACUACAAGAUUCUGCAGGCGCUCAACAUCCGCAUUGGCACGCGUUUUCAUUCGGCGCCCAAGAAGAAACCGAGAAAGAAAAAGACCAUCUCCAUGACUUCCACUCAGCCCGAGUCCACCGAUGCCUCACAGAGCAGCGCGGGCAGGAAUCCACCACUGGCCAUGCGUACCUCUGUGUCCGUGAUCAUAGCCCUCCGCAGGGCAGUGAAACGGCACCGGGAACGCCGCGAACGACAAAAGAGGGUUUUCCGCAUGUCGCUUCUUAUCAUCUCCACCUUCCUGCUUUGCUGGACACCCAUCACCGUGCUCAACACGGUUAUCCUGAGUGCAGGGCCGAGCAACUUCACUGUGCGUCUCAGACUGGGCUUCCUGGUCAUGGCUUAUGGAACCACUAUUUUUCACCCGCUGCUCUAUGCCUUCACUCGGCAGAAAUUUCAGAAGGUUCUAAAGAGUAAAAUGAAGAAGCGUGUGGUGUCAGUUGUAGAAGCUGACCCUAUGCCCAAUAAUGUGGUCAUCCACAACUCGUGGAUUGACCCAAAGAGGAACAAAAAGGUGACUUUUGAGGAGACAGAGGUCAGGCAAAAAUGCCUCUCGUCAGAGGAUGUGGAAUGAGCUACUGGGCCAAUUUAAGGCUAAUAUCCUCAUCAGGUACAGAAUCGUUAAAAAGGGAAACCACUAAUCCAAAGCAGUAAUGAAUUUAAGUGUAUUACUUGUACAGUACCUCAAGAGGAAUAAUUUAUUAUUAUUUAUUGUAACGGUGACUGUUGUAGAUGUCAUAGACGGUAAAGUGUAAAUACUGCAUGUGCUUUCUUGAAGUGGUCCUAGAGAUUGUACAUACCCAAGUAUAAACCACAAAUGUAAAAAAGUAGAAACUGAUGCUCCCGGGUUUGUUCAUUUGCAUUAAAUACCCCUAAAAACA